AUGACUAAAAUAUGGAGGAAAUUAGCUGGAGGAGGUGAGAAGAAACUGCCCCUUGAUGUGCCUCCUGGCCACUUACCCGUUGUGGUUGGGGAAGCUAGAAAAAGGUUUGUCAUGAGAGCAGAUUAUUUAAACCACCCAAUUUUCAGGCAGCUGCUAGACCAAGCAUAUGAAGAUCAUGGUCGUAACAAAGAUGGCCCUCUGGCUAUACCAUGCGAUGAGUUUCUCUUUCAAGGAAUACUCCAUACACUUAGAGGUGAUGCAGAUGUGAGUCAGUUCUCUUGCUUCUGUAAGGAUUCAACUCCUCUUCUUCAAGGAUAUGCAAGAGGAUCUACACGCUAG